CCUUAAAUGGCAUUGGCCGCCUUCUGGUCGAUGUCCAAUGGGGACCUCCUGACUCCCCUGGAAAGAGGCAAGCAGUGGGGUGCAGAUGUGGGAGUGGAAGAUCUCGCCUUUGCCUGUUGGCUCAGGAUCCAUCCAUUUCUUUGGAGUUUUUCUCCCAUUUCACCUGUUUUUUCUUUUUCUGAUAUUCCAAGAUGUUGCUAGUUCUCGCCCUCUGGCAAGCUCUUUCCCAAGCCCUGGCUGCAAGUGGGGGUUCCCACUGGACAUACGAAGGCUCCGACGGGCAGGCACACUGGCCAGAGGGAUAUCCAGACUGCGGUUGGCAGGCUCAAUCGCCCCUCGAUAUCCAGACACAUUUGGUCCAGUAUGAUCCCUCUCUGCCCCCCAUUGAGCCAGAGGGAUACCGAGACCCUGGGAGCGGCUCCUUGACCCUGACCAAUAACGGGCACACAGUGCAGCUCUCCCUCCCCAAGAACCUGCGCCUGCAUGGCCUGCCUAGCAUCUACUCAGCAGUACAGCUGCACUUCCACUGGGGCAGCAGCAACAGUCGGGCCGGGGGCUCUGAGCACCGCGUGGAUGGACAGGCCUUCCCAGCAGAGCUUCAUGUGGUCCACUUCAACUCAGAGAAGUAUGCCAACCUGAGCGUAGCCAAACACCAACCGGAUGGGCUGGCGGUGCUGGGCAUUUUCCUGGAGGUUGACAGUGUGGAGAAUCCUGCCUACAACCACAUCUUGGGCCAUUUGGACAGCAUCCUUUAUGCAGAGCAAGAAGUCACCGUUGCUCCCUUCAGUGUGCGAGAGCUUCUCCCGGCGCAUCUGGGCCACUACUACCGCUACAGUGGUUCACUGACAACCCCGCCUUGCUAUCAGAGUGUGCUGUGGACAGUUUUCCGCCAGCCCGCCCGCAUCUCUGCCACUCAGCUGGAGAAGCUGCAGAAAUCUCUUUAUUCUACAAAAGACGGGAAGACACCCUCUGAAUUGCUGGUCAGCAACUUCCGGGUGCCCCAGUCCUUGAAUCAACGCGUGGUCUUCGCCUCCUUCCCUGUGGGGCCAUCUGAAUACUCUGCAGGUGAGGUCAUUGCCAUAAUUGUUGCAGUGCUCUUGGGCUGCCUGGGUGUCUUCCUUGCUGGCUGGAUUUUGGCAAAGAGAACCCGGUGAGGAGCAGGUGAAUGUGGGACGCCAGCCCGGUUCCUGCCUAAUUGCAUUGCAGUGCCAGAAUAUGAGAGGUUCCCCCAUGUGUUGUUC